GCACACCUACAAUAAAAACUGCACUCUGCUCCAGUCAUUUUGUCCUUUCAGCUCCACACCUGGGAAAGACACAUCACAUAAAGGUUCAUUCUGUUGUUCGUGGCUCCAUUUCCACUCUGAUCCAUCCUGUGAGAUCCUCCCACCCACAGAAUGUUCAACUCCUUUCCUUAUCUAGAGGUCUUCCUGGGCUUCCUGGGCUUUGGUCUCUGCAUCCUGUUUUGCACCAGCUUCUGCAGAUCGUGCGCCCGUUUGAGAGAGGAGCAGAUAGAGAGGGAAGCACAACUUGACAGGGAGCAGAGGAGCCAGAUGCGCUCCAUAUACUUCAUCCCCUUCCCUCGAAAUAACUCGCGGCGGGACAGUGAUGAGAGCGACGAGCUCACUCCACCAAGAUACAGUACCACCAUCCGCUAUGAGCCCCCGCCAUCUUAUAAUGAGUUGGGAUUUAAACCAGAUGAUCUCCCACCUCCUUACACAGAACUACACAUUCCAGACUUUUUAAUCACACAACCACCAACUCAUACAACCGUGGAUAUGGGCGAUAUUGGCAACAGCCCAGGGCAGCAUCUUGUGGGUGAGCGGCUCGGGCGUCCCCUGCCCCCACCAGCCCCGCCACUCCCAAGUAAUCCCGUUUCUUCUCCCUCCCAUCCCGCUCCCAACCAGAGGAUCUGAACGUCAAUAGGUCCUCAGUGCCAAAUACCCGCCAACCCCCCAGUCAACAAUCUCAACGUGGGGGGCAGGUGGAGUGCGCUGGUAGGGUGGUUCGCCCAGGGUGCCGAACAUACUAGGACCGCCUCUGCAUGUACAGAGUAAGGCAGAAGCGUCACCCUGAUGAUCAUGGACAACCCUGUGCUGCCUUCCUACAGUUCAAAAUGUUUCCGUUUUUGUUUUUCUAUUUUAUUUUUGUGUCAUUUGCUCAUUAUGCUUUCAGUUUACCUUAUUAUUUUAAAUUUAUUUAAUAAAGUAACAGCCCAGCGCUCUGUAGGAAAAUUAAACAUUAUAAGUAUUGAUGGAGUUCAUAAUCUUUUCAAGACUUUGUUUCAGUUUGAGCUCAACAUUAUGGGCUAAAGAGUGUUUCUUCCUGCAACCAAAGGCAUGUUUUCCCAAACUGACACCCUUCUUGUUGGCACUGGGAUGUUUUAAUAAUAGAUUAUGAACAAAAAGAUUUUUUUUCAGUUUGCUUGUAUGUAGCAAAGACACUGUGAUAAACUAAAGAUUAUGUCAGCUGGUUUUCAUGAGUGAAAUAUUCAUCCAUCUGGUUCAAUUCACAAAUAUGUGCACAGAUAAUUUAAGCUGCAUUUUUUGGCAUUGAAAUUUAAUUUUAUCUUGGUGGUAAGAAAGUGCAGCUUCAAAAGGAGAUGCAGUGCCUUGCAGAAAAAUCUUCAACUUCUACCCAACAGAUGAAUGGAUGGAUGGAUCAACACAAAGUGGUGCACAAUGGGAGUGGGCGCAUGGCUUAUGAAGUAUGUGACAAAUAAGAUUUUAAAAUGGGUGUUGUGUAUUUCUAUUCAGUCAAGCUGAGAUGACUCUUUGCAGAACCAUCUUUUGCUAAAAUUACAGCAGCCGGUCUUUCUGAUUUCCAGCUUGGCAUAUCUGAAGACAUUUUUGCCCAUAUGUCUUUGGAUACUCUGUAAAUCUCAUUCAAACUAGAUGUAGACGGUCCAUUCUGACUAAUUACAAAUAUCAAUGUCCAGGUUUUUCCACAUAUUUUCUAUUAAAUUUAGGUUGUGGACUUUGAUUGGACCAUUCAGCCUCUAUAUUGUAAUAAAAUCCCACACGUAUAAAAUGUAACUACAAAUUAAGGGGAUUUUUGUCUCGAAAAAGGGGCGGUGCAUGCCGUUGCUACUUGUAAAACAAAAAUGUAAGGAAUUGUUGUUCUUUAUAAUUCUUACUUAGGAACAACUUUAUCCUGGUCUGUCAUGUACAGUCCCAAUACGAUGUUAAAGUUUGUAGUUUAAGCUUAAGAAAAUGUGAAAAAGUAAAACAAGCUGUUUCUGUGUUUAAGUUCUUUACAUAUUGCUUUAAGAAUUGUACGGCAAAACUUAAAACGUGGCACGGGAUAAAAACAUAAGUAAUAUUUAUUGUAGCUGGUCUACUUAAAUCCUCUGAUGCACAGGAGGACAGAUUUUUGUCUAUUAUAAAAAAUAUUUCCAUAAGAUAACUGCUGCAAAUCCUUCAAUAUUUCCGAUGUCUUUUUUUCUAUGUGAAUAAAUGUUAAUCAUGAUGUUGCCAUGUAAAUUCCUCAAAAUACAAUGUUGUAAAUACAUACACAUCUUUAUUUUGCUUUUGUACAAUGAAAUACAUGUUGAUAUGUUUUGUACGUGCAGCUUUUGUUUUACUCAGAAAAACUGCUUGUGUUUUGGAAGGUGAGUAAUGUUACCUGGAGCUCCACCAGAACCAGAACAUAUUGUGUGACUCAAAUUCGAAAGAACUUCUUAAUUUCUUUUCUGGUUACCAGAAAAGGUCAGUAGUUUUGUUUUUUGUUUUUAAGCUCUGAAAUGUUAAAGGGUUUUGGACUGCAGCAUAGGGUGUCUAAUCACUUUUAAGCAGAAAUCGUCAUAAUUUGGCCAUUUCCUAAAAUGUUCAGGCAAAAAAAAAAAGAGUUUAAAAAAACAUGAGUGUAACUGAACUUCUCUUUCCACAUGUCAAGAUUUCUACAUACACAAAACGUGGAAGUUGAGGUUGUUUGGUUCAAAGUGGACACCAGAUGGCAGUACAUGCACAUACAAACCAAUUUUUAUUGAAUCACAUCAUUGACAGCAAAAAGAAAAAAGUUUAAAAUUCUCUCUUUGUUAAACUCAUCAGCUUUCUAAAAACACAUUUCAGGCAGCUCUCUAUUUCAUACCUGCCUUUCUAAACAAUCCUCAUUUUGAAAUCUGUCACUAUGUGACGAUCUUAUCUCCUGAUAGGUCGGCGCAGACCGCUGUAAGAUAAGGAUAAAUUUAGCUUUUGUAUUUAAAUUGUUCUUGUGGCUGCUGUGAGUCACGCUCUGCACAGGGAACAUGAUCCUAGCAGGAACACGUGAUCGGACCAAACCCAGCCUUGUAUGGACAUUUGGUUCCGUACUAUUAAGUGUUUAUUGCUGAAAUGUGUCAGAGGUUAUCAGGAGGAAAAUGUGAUUCAGAAAGGUGAUUGUAUGGAAGCUGUUGCAGCAACUUGGUUGAAAAUGGCAUUAAACUUAUAUCAUCUGACUUGUAAA